AUGACUACGGUCGAACUGUUACAGCAGCUCGUGCAGAGGUGUGGGCUUCCCCCCGACACCCCAAUCCAUACCUUUCCACCUCCAGCUCCACCAAGCAAAAUCUCGAAGCGGAGGGGCGUUAUCGUCGAAGCAGCCUUUGCGGACUUGGCUGUGCUCGUGGUUGCUCUUGCAGUGAGCCCGGACGGAAAGCUCGGUAUAUCCCUGCGUGACGGGGAGCGGGGCACUCCUAUUGUUGGUCGCGGCAGAGUCGAUGGCCUUCUUGAGGCCGGCGAUGAAAUCAUCGCGGUGGACGAGCACAACCUUCAGCAUCUCGCAUACGGCGAGGUUGUGGAGCUUCUCCGCUCCGUCGCGUUGGGCAUCCUCGAACGACCUCCCGGGCACGGCCACUGUAUGGAACUUAGGGUGCUACGUUCACGUUGCACCAAUCUUACGGUGCCACGCGAUACCGUCGGCAAUGUUGUUGGGACCGGGGGGUCGAACUUUAAGAUCCUGAGGGCCCUUCUCGGCGUCCCGCUAGUGUUGCGUGGCGCCAGCACAGUUGCCUUUCCUUUGGGCGAGGACGACGAAAAAUGGAUCUUUACGAAGGAAAGUGACCUUCUCGUCUGCUCGCGGGUCGAUUCAAUCGUUGCUCUGGCGCGAAGUGUAUUAUGGUCUGUCACAAACGGCGGCCUCUUUGUCCUGCACGGCGCCAAUUCCAAGUGGAUCAACCACAGCCGGUUCCAGGACAUCGAGGAAAAAUACGGAACCACAAUUCUUCACAUCGGGUUUCUGGACACUACAUCCGACGACCCCUUUGCGAGAAGCUCUUGUCUCAAGGUGUUGUUGAAGCCCACCCUCGGCAGGAACCCCAAGAUCAGAGAGGCUCUCCUCUCCUGUGUGACGCAUCCCGCAAGAGCACCGGAAAGGAACCCGGGGGAGACUCUCUCGGGAAUGGCGAUGGACGGCGUUGAACUCGUCCCACCUCGACGUAUCGCGCAGCCACCCAACAGCCCUGACACCAACAUCCUGGACCCGGGUUUCUUCGCGGCUAUCCAGUCCCUGCAGGACCGCACUCGAGCCAGAACUAUCGACGACCUUCUCCGCGAGGUCGAGAUCGCAUGGGCGGCCACGGAUCCGGCGAAGCUGGGCAAGGUGUGGACCUCGCUCCAGGCUUGCAUGGAGCAGACCCUGCUUUGCGACGGGGACAACACCUACAAGCUGCCCCACUUAAGCAAGGACGCUGCCGCGCGUGCGGGGACACCAAUCGCUAAGCGGUACCCGGUGUCCGACGAGGCGUGGCUGAAAGGGACGGGGGCUCUCGCGGCCCUAGAGGGGCAAGGGGCGGCUGCAGGCUGGUGA